AUGGCCCGGCUGUCGAAUCGCCGGCAGUUACGGAUUAUUCUGAUUUCUGUUUUUUUCGCCCGGAGCUGUGUCCGAUCUGCAGACAUCCUCGCGGAGCCGAACAGACGUCUUCUGCUUCUGUGGCUCCAGGCAACAGAGAACACGGCAACAACACGGCAACAACACGGCAACAACACGGCAACAACACGGGACAUCCGAGGGAGCAUCGAAGCAACGCUCAUCCGACGCUACAGUGCGGACGGAGCAGGAGAUGUGUUUUAA